CCAUGUCUAUAUCCCCUACACGCGCGAAGCACGUCGUUACAACACACGUUACACGCGCCUUCUCGAUCCACCGUCGUCUUCUCUGAACAGCUCUGGGUAGGAAUCGUGGACUAAGCGCUUACUCGAAUCUCUGUCGCUUCUUCUCCAUUCAGCACGAUGGAGAAAAGAGACGAGGAUCUGAAGAAGGCACAGAUGCUGGACGCUCGAGCCAGAAACAUCAGCCACAACGUUCGCUGCACUGAGUGUGGGAGUCAGUCCAUUGAAGACUCACAGGCAGAUGUCGCUAUUCUCCUCAGACAGUUGAUCCGUGAUGAGAUAGGAGCUGGAAAAACUGACAAAGAGAUCUACAGUAAGUUAGAAGAUGAGUUUGGGGAGACGGUGCUUUAUGCCCCGAAGUUUGAUAUGCAGACCGCAGCAUUGUGGUUAACUCCGGUUCUGAUUGCUGGAGGUACUGCUGCAGGAUUGGUUUAUAGUAAGCACAGGCAAAGGACAAAUGUACACAUCAUGGCGUUGGACCUUAUUAGAGUGGUUUCGUUGACUCCAAAAGAGAGAGUUACCAUUCUCGAUGUUCUUAUUCCACCUCCCCCUCCUCCUCAGGGAGUUGCUUCCCGGUUGAGGAGAUGGCUAAACCGGUAGUUCCCUUGUCUCCUUAGCUCUGCUGUUCUUGAGUCAGACAUUAUCGUCUUAGCCAAGAAAAAAAAACAAUGUGGGGAAGGAGUGAGACUACCACCAUCUAUAUGAGAAACUGAUGGUUUGCAUCUUUUACAAGUAAUUUUCUUGCUUAUAAAGUUGAAAAUAGGAAUAUCUUGGGAUGUGAUAUGAAGAAAGCAUAGUUGAAUGUGUGAUACUUUGUGGAGCUUUGCUGUGGGAUUGAAAACAGAGACAUCUUUCUUUCCAAAUUAUUGUUUGUUCAAACGGCUAGAUAAAGCUUUUUUGCA